UAGUGCAGGUGUAGUAGGUGGGUUGUGUCGUUGAUCCCAGAAUGCUGUGAGAAAGGUUGCUAUACACGCCUGACUGGCCGCUUGCUAGACCCGCGAUUUGAGGCGCUGAAACUACUGUAAACAAGAAGAAAAACACCGCAUUAUUUGAGUGAGAGAGGGGGGCGUGUGGCGUGUGGCUCUAGCAAAUGUAGAUAAUCUCUGGAAGGUGGGUUUUUUGGAAAACCAGCUCUUUGGCCUCGGAACUAGUGGAUGCGUGGAGGUGGACAGAAUACUGCAGCGAGCAGAAACUCAAACUUCAUGGAUACACCAGCGCCUCCCUGAGGCCAGACAUGACCUUCAUCCCUCAGCCACCAACCCACUAAGUGAAAUGGAUGAAGUCGACGCUCUCAGAAUUAAGAGCCUGUCCAAUGACAUACUCUCUCCCCCAUCCGACACAGAGUCUGCCCCUCAGGAGGGGGACUCCUCUGCUCUGGAGGCGGAGUUGUGGAGCAGGGCUGUGGGUGCGCAGAAAGAGGCGAUAAAGAGGCAGGAUGUGAUCUACGAGUGGCUGCAGCUGAAGGAUGCCCAGGUGGCCCAGGCAGUCUCAGAGCGGAUGCUGGUUUUGGGGGAGCUCUCUGGGCUGGAGCCUCCCCCCCUCCUGCCGCAGGGGGAGCCGCUGCUCCAAGCCGCCGUUGCCGAUGUGGAGACCUUGCAGGCCUUCUUAUUGGGCGGCCUGAGGGAGGAGGUGUGGAAGAAUGUGUGUGAUGAAGAAGGCGGAGCCACGGAGGGUGUGGCCAUGGACAAGAGUCUGACCUCUGACCCCCAGCUCACUGGUCUCAGCGGCACUGACGUCCUGGAGCAGCCAGUAGAAGAGAACACACUCAGCAGCUGGGACCAGUCUGACUCCUUUCCAGUAGCGCAGUUUUUUGACAGAGUCCUGAAGUUGUCACAGAGGCUCUAUACUCUACAGGUGGUGGUGCUACAGCAGGAGUCCCACGUGGAGCUGCAGCGGGCGGCGGUGCUGGGGGGCGGGGCGGGGCUGGGGGGCGGGGCCCUGCUGGAGCAGGAGAGGCAGAGGAACCUGGAGCGGCGGCGGGAGGAGCUGGCGGGGUUCCAGCGGGAGCGGGGGGGGUUCCGGGAGGAGCAGGAGCGCUGGGAGCAGGAGCGGGGCGGGCGGGAGCGGGAGCUGCAGGCCCGCGAGGAGGCGCUGCAGAGCCGAGAGGAGGAGCGUCUGCAGCGGGAGGCGCGGCUGCGGGAGGCGCAGGCUCAGCUGGAGGAGCACAGGCAGCAGUACCAGCAGGACCUGGAGCGCCUGCGAGACGCCACGCGCGCCACGGAGAGAGAGAGGGAGCGCCUGGAGCGCCUGACCACCCUGAGGAACAAGAGCAGCCCCGCCCUGCUCUCCUCACAGCCCUCUCAGGCUGUGCCUCACUCUCACCUCUGUAACGUGGACACCGGCCCCCCCUUCCUGUGCCCCCCCCCUGCCCCCGGCCCCAGACCAGCGUGAGGAGCCCCCCCCCCCCCGUGCCCCCCCGGCGGGAGAGCAUGCUCCGCCCCCCCAGGACCAAUCAGCACAAGCUGGGCGGAGUCCAGCAGCACAUCCCCACCAGGCUGGCCCAGAGUAAGAGCAAGGAGAGGAGAGACGAGAGCAGGCACCAGCGCUCCAACAGCUCCGUGUCUCUGGAUCUGAGGCAGAUCUUUCCAAUAAAGAUUUCAGGGAAGGAAAACGGCAGUUGGAGAGGAAAGAGGUCUGUCAGUCCUCACCAGCUCUCCGACAGUGCAGCGUCUCUGGACCUCAGUGAGAUUUUUCCGAUAAAGAUGCCGGGGAGAGAGGACGGCGGUCUGAGGGGAAAGAGGUCUGUGAGUCCUCACCCGCUCCGGCAGCCAGAUGUGUACCCUGAGCUCCCACUCCCGCCCCCUCCCUCCACCCACACACCCAGUUUCCAUAGAAACAUGGCCCCCCCACAGUCUCAUAAAGAGACCGACAGCACCAAGGAUGACGUCUUCUUCCUCUGACUGCCACGCCCACCAGGGUUCAUUAAGGGACAUGUAUUACCAGCCGGAGCAGGGCUGGGUGCACCGCCAAGUAGCUUUAAUGCUCCUUUUUUAAACUUUAAACUUGUUAAAAGGGUUACCUUGGUGAUUCGGUCCCUGUGAGAGAGGUUGCUUGUAGACUGCUCUUUAGAAUGUUAUGGAAAUGGAUGUAUAUGUAAGAGUGCAGGAGUUUAUUAACCCUCACUGACCUAGCCCUAGCCCUCAUUGAUUCUGUGUGUCAUCUCCAUGGCCGAGAGUCUCACUGGCAUUUUACUGAAGUGCUGUAAACUGUGUGUAAAUGCAGUGUGUAUAUUAUAUGUGUGUAAAUGCAGUGUGUAUGUUACAUGUGUGUAGAUGCAGUGUGUAUGUUACAUGUGUGUAAAUGCAGUGUGUAUAUUGUAGGUGUGUAAAUGCGGUGUGUAUGUUGUAUGUGUGUAAAUGCAGUGUGUAUGUUGUAUGUGUGUAAAUGCAGUGUGUAUAUUAUAUGUGUGUAAAUGCAGUGCGUAUGUUGUAUGUGUGUGAAUGCGGUGUGUAUGUUAUAUGUGUGUAAAUGCAGUGUGUAUGUUGCAUGUGUGUGAAUGCAGUUGUGUAUGUUGUAUGUGUGUAAAAGCAGUGUCUGUUACAUGUGUGUAAAUGCGGUGCGUAUGUUACAUGUGUGUAAAUGCAGUGUGUAUGUUGCAUGUGUGUGAAUGCAGUUGUGUAUGUUAUAUGUGUGUAAAUGCAGUGUGUAUGUGAUAUGUGUCUUCAUACAGAUAUACAGUGCAGUCUGUAAGUAUUUGGACAGUUCUGUACUACACAUUGGGUUUUUAAUGAAAUUAUGAAUAUGAGGUUAAAAUGCAGACUGUUAUCUUAUGAGGUAUUUACAUCAAUAUAGGGCGAUCCGUUUAGGAAUUUCAUCCAAUUUUAUACCUAGCCACCCCCCCACCCCCCCAUUUUACGGGACCAAAAGUAAUUGGACAGUUGCCUUUUCAGCUGUUUCAGAUUAGCCGGGUGUAUUCAAUUGUUUCCUUAAUACAAGUAUGAGAAAGCUUUUAGUGACUAAUGUUGAUUCUAGGCUUUUGAUUGCCUUUUGAAGUCUGUUGGCAUUUUUCAUCAAUCUGUUUCAUUGGAGUAUAAAAAUGAGGUAACAAGCA